UCCUCCCUCUGAUGUGGAGCGGUAAGAGUCACAGGGCUGGGUGCUGCUCCUGGGAAUGGUUUGCUUCUCGCAGUAAAGAUCUCAUUUGAUCCCUAGAUCCUCUGAUCGAGAGAUCACUCCAGCGCUGGCAAGCCUUUUGUAUUAAAGGGAAACGAACAUGUCGGACGAUUUUGGCUUCUUCUCCUCUUCGGAGAGCGGGGCUGCGGUGGAAACAGAAGAGGACCCAGCCGCUGCUUUCUUGGCCCAGCAAGAGAGCGAAAUCGCUGGCAUAGAGAAUGACGAAGGUUUUGGAGCGGUGCUGGUGGGCGGCCAAGAUUUCUCGAUGGACCAGCCAGAAAUUGUGGGAUUUGAUGACCUGGUCACCACCCCAGUGAAUGGAGACAUAUAUGAGGAUGUUGCUGGUCUUGGUGAUGGUUAUGUAGCAAUAGCUCAGGCUGACCGACUGACCCAGGAGCCUGAAAGCCUCCGAAAAUGGAGAGAGGAACAGAAAACACGUCUAGAGGAACUUGAUGCAGCUUCUAAGGUGACAGAACAGGAGUGGCGAGAAAAAGCCAAGAAGGACUUAGAGGAGUGGUAUCAAAGGCAGAGCGAGCAGAUAGAAAAAAAUAAAAUUUCUAACAGGAUUACGGACAAAGCAUUUUACCAACAGCCUAACGCUGAGGUCAUUGGUUAUGUAGCAUCUGACGAGGCCCUAGUGCCUGAGACAAAGGAUGAGGAAACUGGGACUGAAUGGGAGAGAGUCGCCCGACUCUGUGAUUUCAACCCCAAGAACAGCAAGCAGUCGAAAGAUGUAUCUCGUCUGCGAUCCGUACUCAUCUCCCUGAAACAAACACCCUUAACCCGCUAACCUCUCUCUCCCUCUGUCUCUCUGAACCUCGCUUCACCUCCUCGCAUCACAUUAUACCAAAGAAAUCAUCCCAAGAAGGUUGGGCAUAUGAUGCUUUCCACUGGAAUAGGCCUAUAAACCCUACAUUUACACCCAAGUAAUGAAUGGAAAACAUCUUUAAAAAAACAAAAACAAAUGUCCCUUUGAGUUGUGUAUUUUAUGCCCUUACACUCUGAGAAAGGAACAUGUAAUUAUGGCUUUACAGAAGGUUUGUUGACAUAUCUAUUUAUUGUCUCGAGUGCCUGGCUUUAAUGGUUGCCUGCUUUAUAUCGAGCGUGACGAUUUAUUUGGAAGGUGAUUGCAUCACCAGACUGGCCGUUCAAACAGAUAUUUACUAAUCUAUCCGCAGGUGCUGCACAUUAUAGCUAUUGGCAGCAAACACACUUACUGACGCAAAUAAAUAAAUAAAAAGUUACCACCUAUUGCUACUUAACAAGGAGAACAUCGUUUUUGGAGCCGACCGUUCCGAUUGUUUGGCUCAUAGAGAAA